UACAAUACAUACAUACAAUACGGAUACCUCCGUGAUGUUUGCGAAGGGCAGAGCAGCUAGCGCAUUGAUCAGCGUCGGGGUUCACUGCACUCUCGUGGUCAACCGGGCAGAGAAGAUUUCCGACAAUCUUAUCCAAUUCCAACUUCUUAGGCGUCGGGUACAAGACAAUAUCUCCAGUUUUCUGGCAUCAACGCUAACUGGAGAAGCCGAAGCUGGUGCUUGGUUAUGUUCAACAUUUCAAGGCCUCUCAUCGAUGUCCUCGAUGGUUCGUUGGAAGCAUUACGUCUUGAUGUUUGAAACGAAAGUACCGAAACUGGUCCCUAGAACGGUUGGAUCGGCUGGCUGGGGCAUCCCUUCUCCAAACUUCCAAAGGGAGAGAUGAAUUUGGAAAUUGUACUCCAAUAUUGCUGUAAAAUACAAUACAUACCUA